UAAAAAUGUUUUUUCUAGUCGUACUUUCCUGCGUGGCUUUAUCUCAAGCCUCCCAGAUUUUGCCGGCUAUUCUUCCACAUGCCCAGCCUUACAAUUUCGGGUACGCCAUUAGGGAUCACACCAGUGACCAAUACAGACAAGAAAAAGGAAAUGGACUCGGAGGUGUAGUGGGAAGCUAUGGUUUCAAAGACGCCAGAGGAAUCGUUCGUAACGUCAACUACGUCGCUGACCAUGCUGGAUUCAGGGCACAGGUCAACACCAACGAACCAGGCACUGCCAAUCAGAACCCUGCUGCCGUUCUGGUCAAUUCCCAUCAGCCUGUUGUAGUUAAGGCAAUCGAACCUGUCCACCCACUUCCAGUAGUCGCUGCGCCAGCUGCUCUUGGAGAUUACAGAUUCGGACCUGGAUUCGCAGAUGCCUUGGGAUACCAUGGAGGCGUCAACUUUGCUUUGCCUUUAAUCGGAGGAGCUGUCAGUGGAUACGACAGCCGAUUCGCUAAUGUCAUCGUUUAAAUAAUGUUUCUUCUUUAAAAUAUUCGAUUCUUCGCAUAAUUUAAUAUUGCUUCCAAUAAUUUCAUGAAAAUAGUUAUCUUUUCUUUCACUUACUUUGCUCCAUUAUUCUUUAUAAACAAAAGGAAAUAUAUUAUUAGACGCUUCUGUACAGAUUCUACAUUUCCUGCUUUAUUUUACUGCAUGGAAUGCUGGGCAUUAACUUCUGUAUACUUUCUGAAAUUUUUUACUUCUGUGAAAUUAAUUUGCUUUGAUUUUA